CCACCCCCUCCCCCGUCUAUGUCUCCGUCAGCCCCUCUCCCAGCCCCUGUAGCCCCUCCUCGCUGUGAGCACUGUGCGUAUGUGUCUGUUCCAGUGCGAGCUGCAGCUCUCGGAACAGGCAAUUACAAGCUGCUCCCCGUACAUGGGGUGUCAGAGCGUUCGGGGGUCCCACUACAGCGCUUGCAGCUUUUUGGAUUUGUGGGGAGGUUCAAAUACCGGGAGAGAAACAUCUCUGGGGGGCUUGCAGGGAUUUACAUGGAUUGGUAACCAGUCAUUGGAUUGUACCGUGUCUCUGAUGUUCUGCCUUUGGGAAUCUUUUGCAGAGAGAUGGGGAAACUUUACUCGAAACACGUUUGCAAACCCAGAGAAAGUCCUGAAGGUGAUAGCUUUGCAGUAAAUGCCUGCUUAGCACGGAAAGGCAUUGAGGACUGGAUUGCAAAACAGAAGUCACCAUCUAACUCCAAUGUCAAGACCGGGUGCAGAAUCACCCAGAGGGAUUCAUCAGAUGAAAUUUGUAAAGAUAACAUUGCAAAUGAGCAUUUUCAUCUGGAAGUUGCUCUGCCAGAAGAGAAGAGCGAGGGUCUAUUUACCAGCGAUGACAGGAAAGCAGAUAAAGAUACAGAUGGACGUGUUAAAAAGCAGCUCAAAUUUGAAGAAUUGCAGUGUGAUGUAUCUGUUGAAGAAGAUAAUAGGCAAGAAUGGACCUUCACAUUGUAUGAUUUUGACAACAGUGGAAGGGUUACCCGAGAGGACAUUACUAGUUUGCUACAUACAAUAUAUGAAGUAUUUGAUGCGUCAGUAAACCACUCAUCAAGCUCAAGUAAAACCUUGCGCGUUAAGCUGUCUGUGGCCCCUGAUGCCACCCUAAAAAAGAGGACUGUGUUGGUGAAUCAUACAGAGAUGCAAAAUGGUAGACAUAGGAGUGAAAGCAAAGCCACAGAGGAUUUACGGGGCUCAGAAAAAAAACAGCGUGGACCUGGAAGGCUUGAAAAUGUGACUGAGCAAACAGAAUGUCUACGACAAUGCGUAGAUGAAAACAUAGAAAGAAGAAAUCACUAUUUGGAUCUUGCUGGAAUUGAGAACUACACUUCUCGAUUUGGACCAGGGUCACCACCAAUGUGUGAAAAGCAUGACUCGCAGGCAAAAGCUUCUAAUCAGAUGAGAUCUCGUUCACAUGAACCUGAAACCAUUAACGUCCACCAUAGGAGAUCCCAGGCUUUGGACACAGGACAUUUCAACUUGACUGAACUAUCUCAUGUUAAAAUGGCAGAAGUUCAGCAAAGGCAACGUGGUCAAGAAAAUAUUAAACACUCUGUUCGAUCUCCCAGAGCAUCAAAUAAAAAUGGACAUCUCUCUACAAGCCAGCCUGGAAGAACAAGAAACAAGCCCAGCCAGAAUGUAUCUAUGCCAGUGACUCCACCAAAUGCACUUAUGGGCCAGAGCUACCCAUACCAUCCUGUGCCACCUCAGCCAAUUCAAAGGAAAAGCAAGCAAAAGACCAAGGAUGGACAUCAGAUGUGCAAGGCCUUUCAGUCUUCAGUGAAUGUGGUAGAGAAGGAGCAUGUGAGAGAUCUCCCCAGCAUGGUAUUAUAUGAAGGCCAUGUUGGACACAUGGUACAAAGACACGAGCACCAUCAUCAUCAUGAGCAUCACCACCACUAUCACCACUUUUACCAAACAUAAAUGAGGACCAUUUAUACAACACCUUCAGAGUAUGCCUAAAAUCCAGUAACCCAUUAUAAAAAUGUUCUUCACCUGAAACUUAUCUGAUCCUUCAGCUGUGGAAGUAAUAGCUAAACUUGUUGAGCUUCAACAUAUAUGUUCUGGAAGUGUAUAGAGAAUUUAAGUGCACAUUUUAUGGACACAGCUGGAAUAUAAACAGAGGUCAUCAAGCACUUCUUUCAACAAGACACUUUAUGGAUGAAGCCUAGUAUAAAGUGUUCUUUAUACAUCUGAAAACUGAACUUAUUGCACAGAAGCCUUUAUCAGGGGAAUCAGUACUGUCUGAGCUUUUUCAGACCCCUGACAAACAGCGUGCUACCUCUAGUAUUAUCCAGACUUUUCUUCACUGAUGUAAAGAGCUAUAGGAAGGGUGGACACAAUUUACAAAUCUCAUCUGGUAUUGUGUUUACAUUUAUACUAUUAAAGUUAUCUUAAUGAAUACUAGGAAAAUUAGGUGGAUUUUCCAACAUAUGCCUGUAUGUUAAUCUUCUGUUUAAUAUUUAUAUGUAAGGUAUUUUAAACAAUCUCUUUUUUUCUGUUCUUGCUGUUAUUGCCUAUUUUUUAUUUUUGCUUCACUCACAUGGAAUCUAUUUGCAGUGUUAGGCCAUGUUUUGGAAAUUGGCACUUGUUCACAGUAUCAUCGGAAAAAGUAAAAAGCAUAUGGCAACAGUUGUAUGAAUAUGCAUUUAUAGGGCAGAAAAUGUUUUAAAAUACUGAAAACUUCCUAUUUUGAAGUAAAAAUAUUCCCUGCUUAUGGACUGUGUUAAUGUUUUUCAAUCAUCUGUAGGUUAUUAGGGCACAGUUUAUUGGGUCCAGAUACCAUUCCUUGAUAUAUAUACAUAACAGUCCAAAAACCUGUUACUGACCACACAUCUUUUCUAUUGUCGGCUUUAAUGGAAUAGCCAUUCUUGAAGAAAAUCAUGGUAACCUUUGCAGAAGUGCAGAUAUUUAGUAAAGAGAUGUCUUUGCUCAUAUAAGCUAUGCCGUCAUAAUUUCUGUACUAUUUACAGCAAAAGAAAACAGAAGAUAAAUCUUGCUUUAAAUAUAGGAUAACAAAUAACAAGAAACCACAUUACUUUGAACAUAUAACAGAAAUAAGGCAGUUCUUGUUUAUUAUUGAUUAGUGGAAUUGAACAUUUUAUUAUUUUCAUCUUAAAAGUUGGGAAGCAUAUAUAUAUAUAUAUAUAUAUAUAUAUAUAUAUAUAUAUAUAUAUAUAUAUAUAUAUAUACACAUACAUAAAUGUAUAAAUGUAUUAUCUAUACACUCAGGUAUUUUAUUUUUUUUUUUGCGUUUAGAAAUCUGUGGUUGGCUACAAAGUGCUUUUUUAUGUUUUUUUUAUUCUUAUGCUCAUGAAGAGUUUUAGUGUGUGUAUUUAGAACACAUGGAAACCUGGCAAUGUAAUAUUUAACCUGUUGUACAGACCCUAUUUGACCCAUUUACAUCUUUUGGUGAAGCACAGGAUUGCUUACUCCUUGGAAAUUUAAAGGUUAGAUGUUAAUUGUGAAGUUUUUCUUUGUUGUAUAUGCACAAAUAUAAGAGAACUGUAUAGAACCAUUGGAAAACAUUUAUAAUGUAUAAGUAAAUGAACAUGAAGGUUUUAUAUAUUUUACUCAAGGGGCUAUUUCAGAAUUUUCAGUAUUAAUGCAAUUUUACCCAUUUGCUGUGUAGAGCUGGGAUUUGUGUAAUACAGAUCUUUGUGAUUACUUUGUAGGAUGACUGUCACAUGACUUUAAGUAUGUUACAAAUCAGCCCAUUUAUAGCAACUUGUCUAUUGGUCAUUUAUUAUUAAUUGUUUAUAAUUAAUUAAUUAUUAAUUGUUUGCCUGUCUAUCCUGCGAUAAACCAAAUGGUUCACAAGCGCACCCAGUCCUCUAGAGUAAAUUUCAUAAUUCUCUAGUGAGGCAGCACUUCCCCAAAGUGCAAGCAAAAAGAAGGUACCCCCACUCAAAAGACAAUUGAAGCAGGGAAGUAGUCCCUAUCAGAUGAUCAAACAUUUUGUUGGAGCCUUUCCCUUCAUCUGGUGUUGCAACAGCCACAAUAAACAACAUACUAGUAGGGGUUAUACAAUAAAAAGUGCAAAAUUUGCUACAUAUGGGGCUUAGUUGUGAACUCAAGUGUGGUGCCACACUUUUGUGGUUUUGUUAUAACUUGAAAAAAGGGCACCCCCCAUCCCCCAAAACAUUCUUUCAGUCUUCUGAAUUACCUGUUUCAAUUGCCUUUUGACUGCAGAUAACUUAUUUUUCCUUUCUAUUCUGUCUCAUUUUCAAUUGCAAUUUAAAGGACAUGUCAACCCCCAAAAAAAGUUUUUGCCUAAUAAAAGAAAACAUAAUUCUAAGCAACUUUCCAAUAUCAAUUUAUUAAAAAUUAUUAGUGCUUUAAAAGUUAUUUGUAAAUGUAAUUGCGCCAGGAUCCUCCUGCAAGAAUGGUCUGUAAAAUCUGCUGCCUUGUGUUAUGUUGUUUCAAAUGCCAGAGCCACCAGGGCAGAGAAUAGACAGGACAGGCAGACACUGCUUCUAAUAGCAGUUAUAUAUACAAAUAACAAAUAACUUUGUCCUUUAGACAAAACACUCAUUUUCUGUUAGGCUUAAAUACAGUUGUUUUUACUUAUUGCUUAUUAUUAUAUAGAGUCCCCCUCCUAAUUCUUUUAUAAAUACUGUCUGCUUGCUAGGGCAUCUGGUACAACAAAAAGUGAUGUAAUUCUAAACCACAAAAAAAUUAGUACUGGUUAUCUUAUGUAUACCACCAACUAUAUCAUACUAAAUGUCAUUAAAUAUUAAGGUUAACUGCCCCUUUAAAAAUUUUUGUUGCAGACUUUAUCUUUUUAAAAGUUUUAGUCCUAUUCUGCUUAAAAAAUUGUCACUGUGCAAACAUAAAGGGAGUAGGGAAUCUAGAAAUAAUGUUUUGGUUUACUUGGAAUAUAUAAUAUAUUUAAAGUGAAAGCACCUAUUGAAUGCAAUUUGCUGUAAUGUGAAUUACAUUAGUUAAUGACUGCCAAUGUAUCUGUACAUUAACAGGGUUAAGUAGCAGUUUCUCUACAAAAUAGAAAUACCCCAUCUCCUGUAUGCCCCCCACCAUUUGUAAGUGAGAAUGAGAACAGGAAUGCUAGUCGGAUUACAAAAACAGUACCCAAAUGAAUACCCAUUUGUAUUUCAAUUCUCAUGUAUUUUUAAUAAAAAUGUUAUUAGAACAAACUCCACUUUUACAAAGAAAAAAAUGUUGAUGUUGAAAAUACUUAAAGAGGUAGUAAUCCCCUCGUUUCAACAUAUGUUGGAUUAAUAUGGCUUGCGCUAACCAUUAUUUUUGUGUGUUUUAAUGAAUAAAUCUCUACAGUUUUUGUGAUGUUUUGCAAGGACAGGGAAGUAAAUAAAGUGGAAUGUUACUUUAAUUUCAUUUUUUAGAUUUUGCCUUGUUUACAGGGGCACUGCUGCCCUGAGGCAAGUUGAGAAACUCGCCUCAGACAGUAGUACCCCCAGGCAAAAAAGCCGCUCCUGGUAACCUUAAGAGCCGAAUAUCGUUUUUUGUUUUUUUUUUAAUCAGAAAUUCAGCUCUGCUAGUGCAGAGAGCGCAACUGUGCCCUCUAUACUAGUGAUGCGGCCAAACCUGGACCCCCUCUGGUUCUGUAAAGGUAAGCAUGGGGGGUGACAUCUCAGGAACCGCCUCAGGGGCCUGAAACACCACUGCCUAUUUAGUGCAAAGAACUAGAUAUUUCUUAAUUAAGAAAAAUAGACAAAAAGUACUUUCAGCACAAGCCCUAUUCAUUAAAAUAAUGUUUUUUUCUGACAAAAGCCUUUGGUGCUAAUGCAGCAGUUUGACCAGACACAGUAACCUAUGUCAACCAAUCAAAUAUUCUAAUUACUGUAAAGGACCAGUAAAUGAUAAUUUCUUAUUGGUUUGUUACUAGAGUUGGCAGUGUCGCACUGGGAUGCCAGGGGCCCACCAGAUAACAUUAGACCAUAGACCCAGUCUCCAAACUGUUUAUCCUGCUGCCCUCACUUAGCCCAUUUAUUCUCCUAGUUUCUUUUGUUUAGAUACUAUAUCUAUCCUUCCAUCUAUUUCUCCUUUUUAUUUCCAUAUAGAAAUAGGAAAUGACCAUGUAACCGGUUUAGGUGCUGUAAAUAAGAGGGCCCAUUGACACCUGGGCUUACCAGUUUUCCUGGUGGGCCAUUCUGACACUGAUACCUAGAGCAAACUUUGUACCUGUGGCUACAUAAUCCAGUCUCCCAAUUUCCAUCUCCCAAUAAGAAUGUCAUUUUAUUAAAUAAAACUAUAUAUGGAAUAAGAAAGUUGAAGAAUAGGUUUUAAAAUUUCUGCUAAAAAAAAGCAAAGACUUGGUACUUAGACUGGAUAGGAAAUGUGGAAUAGUUAAACAAUCAUAAACACACCUUUUUCAACUUGAGCAAAAUAAGUAGAACGUAUGCUAAAAAUAAAUUUUGCCUAUUCUUUUCAUUUAUUUUAUUAUAAAGUCGGAAGGGAUAGUAACUUAGGUUGAAAAAUAUCCAUUGAGUUUAGCCUUUAAUGUCUAAAUGAAACCUGCCUAGUUGAUCCAGAGGAGGCAAAAAUUGCAUAAUUGUUUUGAUUCAUCGCUUAGAAGCAAUCCACUCCCAUCUUCAUUGUCUUGUGUAUGCAAUAUUGGGUACAGCUGUCUUUGUACAUAUGGGGGUGGAUUUUGGUGUGGAAACAAAAGUAUGCAUUUUCACACCAAAAUCCGACCACUGUAGGAACUUAAAAGCCUUUACUAUGGCUGACACUUUCAUGCACAAAACAGUACAGAUGGGAACAGAUCAAAAUAUGCCAUUGGAGAAAAUGCCAAAUGUCCUUACUGUCUUUUUUGUGAUUAGCUGUGAGAUUUUAACAUUAUGCCUGUCCUUUUUCAUAGGUAUAAUGAACUUCUGCCUGUUUACCCUGAUAAGCUCCAGAAAUAACAAAAUUAAAAUUAAUUGUAAUUAAUGCAGUUGGUAAAAAAGUGUCCAACUUUAUUUCCCUUAAGUUUAACAAAGGCGUAAAUUGCCUCUUUAAUGCCCCAUUUUUUUUAAUGUGUUAGCUUUUAGCACAUAUACAAUUUCUAGGGUGAUUUAAGGAUUCUCAGCUAUUAAUAUGAUAUCCAGCAGGUGUAUGCAGAAGUACUGCGAUAUUUUCAGAAGUGUGUAGUGCUUGCAUUGUGAUUAAUUUCACCAUGUUUAUUUAACACAUAUUUUUAUACUUACCAUUUGCUGGUUUUGAAAGCUUUAAAUGGCAAAAACCUGAAUUGUAUCUUACUUCAUUCAUUAUUCUUACAUAAAUAGAGAAUUCUUUUCUAGAAGAUUUUUUUUUUCCUUUUUCUAUCUUAAAAUCGCUGAAACUGUGCAAUGCAGCAACUGCAAAACAGAAGGUGGAACCUUUAACUGAAUAUUAGUAAGGGGAAGUAAUUAAAAGUGACAUUAGAUUAGUGAAUCUAAAAAUAACAGGAAUGUGGAUCUGACAGAACCUAGACUUUGUGAAAUAUAUAAUUUACCUUUAAAUAAGCCCUAGUAUGAUACAGAUUAGACUAAUCUAAGCAACAUUUUAGUUGGUCUUUUUUUAUUCUUUAUGGCUUUUUUAAUUAUUAGUCUGGGAAUUCUGCCUCUUUAUGUCUUGCAAUUUAAAGAGCUGUCUAGUUGUGGGGACUAACUCCAGAAAACAAAAAAAACGGUUGACUGUGAAGUUAUAAUUUAAUCAUUAUUCAUAUUUAUUUCUUAUAUUUCUAUUCAGUCCCUCAAAUAUUUAUUGAAAGAAAAGAACACCCUUUAAAAGAUCUACGUAAUUUCUUGUGCCUGAUAAAUACAUAUAAAUCAACCAACUAUUAAUAAGUGGGUGCUGUUAUAUAUCUCAGUACCCACAUCUUUUUUCUAGAGCUGAUCAGGGUAAAAAUACACAUGCAUGUAUAAAUUAUGAAUGAAAUCACGUAAAAAAAAAUUCUGAAAGAUAAGGAGUGCAAAAGAGCAGACAAGGGGUUAACUUAUCUCCCCUAAACUUUAAGGGCCAUGUUGCCUACAAUAAAUCUGCACUACUGUGUUUGACAAAUUUCCUGAAAAUGGUUUCCCACUGGAAUUAAUGUAAAUAGCUGGUGGGAAAACAUUUCCAGCGCUUUAAAGUUGACAUAUAUGAUAUGCAGGUCAAUAGCCCAUGAUUUAAGAUUUGGGUGCUUUUGGGAUAUAAAGUGAGUGCUUUUGCCAGUACUUAUCAAUACGCUUGCCCCAUUGGGAUCUGUUUGUUUGUCAUGGCUUUGAAUUGAGAUUUAAUCAUAAUUGGAUUAAUGUCAUGGCAUUGGCCGUUCAUUAUAGAUUGUAUAGGUAUCUUUACAGAGCAGAUUAUGUAGAUGUCUAUUGUGUGAUGUAUCAUAAAGGCUUCAUUUAAAUUAAUAUUAGGUAACAUAAUUGUCUAAGAGUAAUUUGAUGGACACUCAGUACAACACAUAUGUAGAAUGUAUCAUUCCCAUUACAAUUAUACUGAUCUAAUGUAGCCCCCAAAAGUUCCUUUUAUGCAGAAACAACAAACAAAUCAUAAUUGACUUUUUAAACUUUUUUCACAUUGCAACAGUUGCAGACUUUUUAAAAAUUCUGUUCCGUUUAUUACUUUACUAUUAAUAAAGCCAGAUAGAUUCGCAGUCUGCUAUGUGUUCUCCUAUGUCAUUCUGUAUGGCACUGAUUUCUUUUAUUCUUUUUUGAAGAUGUUAGAGUCUUAUUUUGUCUUUGUACUCUGUAUUGUACUCAAAGGGUUAAGUCUGCAUUUCUGUUUUCUUUACUCACAGGUUUCUUACAUUUACUUACCAUACCAAUUUACCACUGAACAACUUUGUUUAACCUGUAUUUAUAUACCCCCUGGUUUAUGAAAUAACUGAAAACAAAUGUAUGUUUAGCUGUAAAAAAUGACUAUUUAUAUUAACACUGUGUGAUGCAUUAAAAAAUGAUUUUUUACCAUGCAA